UAUAAAGCCAAACACGGUACCUGCGACAUACAGUUACAACGAAGCUUCACCAUGAUCACUUCAUUGUUACUAACGGCAGUUUUUGUGAUAAUCUUCACAAUCUACCUCGUGUCCAAGAAAAAGUUCCAAUACUGGGAGAAAAGGAAAGUACCACAUUUACCUCCGGUUCCUCUCCUGGGAAAUUUUGGGAACUUUAUCCUGCAGAGGCAAUUUCUUGGCUACACAUUACAACAAAUAUGUGGAAAGUUUCCCAACGUACCAUACGUGGGUGCCUAUUUUGGCACAGAACCUGCCCUGAUCGUCCAAGACCCUGAACUCAUCAAGCUCGUCAUGACUAAGGACUUCUACUUCUUCAGUUCCCGUGAGAUAUCUGAAUAUGCCGACAGGGAAAGGUUUACUCAGAACCUCUUCUCCACUUCCGGAAACAAAUGGAAGGUGUUACGUCAGAACCUGACUCCUGUGUUUACCUCCGCGAAGAUGAAGAACAUGUUCCAUUUGAUCGAAAAGUGUUCUCACGUGUUCGAAGAUUUUCUCGAUAAGGAAGCCAAAAGCAACGAGGUCGAAAUGAGGGCUCUUGUAGCGAGAUACACUAUGGACUGCAUAGGAACCUGUGCAUUUGGCGUUGAAACAAAAACCAUGAAUGUGACGGAAAAUAAUCCGUUUACAGCAGUAGGUAACAGCAUUUUCAUGUUAAGCCGGGUCCAAGGAUUUAAAUUUGUUUUGAGAGGUAUCUACCCUUCACUUUUCUACUUGUUGGGAUUCAGAACUCUUCCACCAGAAGUUAAUGCAUUCUUCUCCAAUUUAAUGACUGGAGUUUUUAAGGGACGCAACUAUACGCCCACAUCUCGGAAUGACUUUGUCGAUUUCGUAUUGAAGUGGAAACAAAAUAAAACUAUGACAGGGGACAGUCUGACUAACAUGAAAUAUGAUUCACAGAAAAAAGUGACUUUAGAAGUCGACGAUGAUCUCUUAGUGGCACAGUGCUUUAUAUUUUUUGCUGCUGGAUAUGAAACUUCGGCCACCACUUUGAGUUUUACUUUGUAUGAGUUGGCGAAACACCCAGAAGCUCAGAAGAGAGCUAUAGCCGAGGUGGACGAUUAUCUGCGGCGGCACAACAAUGAGCUGAAGUACGAGUGCCUUUCGGAGAUGCCAUUUGUAGAAGCAUGCUUUGAUGAGACUCUUCGUAAAUAUCCAGUUUUAAGUUUGUUAACUCGCGAAGUGGUAGAGGAUUACACUUUCCCUUCGGGAUUGAAGGUAGAGAAAGGUCUCCGUAUAUUCCUGCCUCUGUAUCACUUGCACCAUAACCCGGAGUUCUUCCCGGAUCCGGAGGAGUAUAGGCCUGAGCGGUUCCUGCCUGAGAACAAGGAUAAAAUAAAGCCGUACACGUACAUGCCCUUCGGUGAAGGCCCGAGACUUUGUAUUGGAAUGAGAUUCGCGAAAAUGCAAAUGACCGCUGGAAUAAUAACUUUGCUGAAAAAAUACCGUUUGGAACUGGCUCCAGGGAUGCCCCAGAAUAUUGAAUUUGAACCUAAUUCUUUUGUCUCGCAAGUUGCGGGAGGAAUCAAUCUGAAGAUGAUAAAAAGAGAAAGUUGGGAGGGAAGACUACUGAAGAACCUCGAAAAGGCAUAUUAAAAAAUUUGACGUUCAGUUAUAUAAUCUUGUAUGACUAAUCAUAAUUACGCUUUAUGUCUGGACUAUCAUCACGUAGCACUUAUCACGCGAUAGCAAAUUAUAAAUAGCAAAUGUUGUGAUUGAUUACAUGAUUGAUUUUUUUUUUAAUUAAUAUUUAGAUUGAUUAGCUUUUAAAAAUUGUGUCAAAUAUGUUAAAUUUGAAAUGUCGUUAUAAGUUGACAGUAAAGUAGCAGCAAAAGAUUUUUUUUUUUAGCGCAUUUAAAUAAAAGCUUGUUUUUAAAGAUU